AUGGACGCAACGAAGAGAGAGGUUCGCAAUGCCAAGACUUGGAUCUCGGACAUGAAGUACAGCAGGGACGGAGCUCUUCUCGCCGUAGCCACGAGCAGCGGCCAGAUCUACGUCCAUGAUGCCGCCGACCACUACAGCCUAAAGUCCACGACGAGUGAGUGA